UGUGGCGAUGAUAUUGUUUUGCAUAAUAUUGAAGACUUAUCAGUGGGUCGGAAAAGAUGGUAUGAAAAAAUCAGAGUGAAUGAUUGCCUCAUAAAUUUUAAGUUGGAUACGGGUGCCGACGUUAAUAUUUUGCCUUACAAGUAUUUUAUAAAAUACAUGAAAAAUACGAUGCUCUAUGAAGGUGGUUUGCCACCACGCAGUUAUAGUGGAGCUGAGUUGGAUUACAAAGGUGUAAUUCAAUGUUUAGUGAUGUGCCGAAAUGAAAUAAAGACUUUACAAUUCACGGUUGUUGAUACACCAUACGAACCUUUGUUAGGACUAUCAGCGUGUGAGCAGCUUAAUCUUAUAAAGCGUGUAAACGUCAUUCGUGAAGCAACAAGGGAUGAAUUUAUACGAAACUAUAGAGAUGUUUUUGAAGGCACGGGAUGUUUUGUGACGAACUUGGAUAUCCAGGUAAAGAAAAAUUCGGUUCCGGUGGUAAAACCAGCAAGGAGAAUCCCACAGUCGUUAGCAGAAAAAGUCAAAAAUGAGUUACACAAAAUGGUAGAAAAUGGAAUAAUUGAACGCAUGGAUGGUCCUAUUGAACGUGCCUCUAAUCUUGUAGUUGUUGAGAAGAAAUCAGGUAAACUUCGUUUGUGCAUAGACCCGCAAGAUUUAAAUGCAGACAUUUUAUCGGAAAAUCAUACGAUUCCAUCAUUUGAAUCUAUAUCGGAAAAUUUUUAUACAUCGCUGAUCUGUUGUCUCGAUACUUUGAUGAGGACAAUAACGCGCCCGAUAUUGAAGAUCUUAACGAAUUCGUCCAUUCAUUAAACAUCACCGACGAACGCCUAAACAGUUUUCGAAUCGAGAUAGAAAAAGAUAAGCAUUUAACGCAGUUGAAACAAGUUUUAAUAAAUGGCUGGCCUCAUAAGAAAGAGUUGUUAUGUGACGAUAUUAAAAUGUUUUGGAAGCAUCGUUCUGAUCUGUUUUUAGAAGACGGUAUCUUAUAUUUGAAUAACAGGGUUAUUGUACCGCCUGUUUUGAGAGAAACCAUAUUAUCGCAGCUGCACGUGUCUCAUUUAGGUAUUGAAAAAACAAAAAAAGCGCGCUCGCGAAUUAGUGUACUGGCCAGGAAUUGAUGGUGCUAUUGAGAAAAUGAUAACCAAUUGUGACAUAUGCCAGCGAAGUCGAUCCGCUAAUGUUAAGGAACCAAUGAUACCACACAGCAUUCCCAAUCUACCCUUUAAUAAAAUAGGCGUAGACAUUUGUGAAUUUGCAUCAAGAAACUAUUUAAUAAUAGCGGAUUAUUACUCGCGAUAUUUGGACAUAGCGCCGUUGAAAUCGAAAACAGCAACUGAGUGUAUCAAUGCACUUAGAACAUGUUUCGCCGUACACGGAUUACCUGUAGAAAUAAUUUCAGACAAUAUGCCCUUCAAUUCAUACGAGUUUAAACGAUUUUGUGAUCAAAUUGGAGCUAAAUUAACAACAACAAGCCCUGGUUAUUCGCAAUCCAACGGUUUUGCUGAGCGUUUCGUUGGGAUAGCAAAAAACUUAAUAAAGAAAACAAAUGAGAGUAAAAAAGAGUUAUGGCUGGCCUUACUCGAAUAUCGCAAUACACCGCUUAAAGAUAUUGAUGCUUCACCAGUGGAACUUUUAAUGAGUAGAAAAACCCGCACCCUUUUGCCAACAAAAACAACUUUGUUUCAACCAAGAAUCAUUCCGAAUAUAUCUAACAACAUAAAUGCAAAAAAUUACAAGUCAAAAAAAUACUACGAUCGUUCUGCAUCGCAAAAAAAAUCCUUUGUGAAGGGUGACAAGAUAUGGUAUAAGAACAACAAUAAGGGAUGGGUAAAAGCUACAAUCAUCGACACACACGAUUCACCUAGAUCAUACUGGAUCGAACUAGAAGACCAAACCAUUUACCGGCGAAAUUCGAAAUGGCUGCGAAAACGAUUAUAGUUAUUGGUAUAUUAGAAUAUUUGAACUUUUUUAAUCAUUGAAUUAUAAAUUAUUAAUGAAUUUACUUAGUAUAUGAAUUAAGAAGGGAGAUGUUAUAUAUAUGUAAACUAUGGCAUCCCCUACACACAUACAUGUAACUUACUUUACGUUGACAUCACUGUCACUUUAAUUGAAAUAAACAAAACAGUCUUGUACUGCACUUAAACGGAA